GGAAGAGUCAGUUCAGAGCAGAGCCACUGUGGAGAGAAGAGAGCAGCAAAAGCGGAAAAGAAACGGACUGUGUCAAUCAUUGAAUCAGGAUGUUUGUUCUCAUCGUGACGACUCUACUCUUCUCUGUGGGACGCAGCAAGACUGACACAGGUGCAUCAGUGGGGAGAACACCAUUCUGUUUUAAUAGCUUCUGUAUCACUCUUAGUGAAGGAGAAAUAACAGCAGAAGCUGGACUCUGUGUUGUGAUACCGUGUUCUUUCACCACCAGUUAUUACUUUACACCCCAACAUAUAGUUUGGUACAAAUGUGAACCAUCCAAACAAAAAUGUGCUGAUUCAGACAUGAUAUUCCACACUAACAAGAACAACAACAAAACUCAGUCUGGGUUCAAAGGACGAGUGUCACUGUUGGAGCCUGAUGUGAGUCGGGGGAACUGCAGCAUCAUCGUCAAUGACCUCACUGAGUCAGACUCUGGAUUAUAUCAGCUCAAAGUUAAUGGUUACCUGAAUCAGAAGACAGAUGGAUUUACAUUCUCUCCAAGAACAAAUGUCUCUGUUAAAGGUCUGACCCAGAAGCCCACAGUGAUGAUUCCUCCUCUGACAGAGGGACAGCAGAGCACACUGAGCUGCACUGCUCCUGGUCUCUGCUCUGGAUCUGAUCCUGAAAUCAGCUGGACGUGGAGAGGAGCAGGAGAGAAGGACUCUCACAUCACAGGAAACAUCACUGCUUUCAGGACUGAGAAUCUGACUGCUGUCAGUCAGAGACACAGCUCAACCCUGACCUUUAACUCUUCAGCUGAACACCACGGCACCAAUGUCAGCUGUAAGGUCAGCUUCACCAACAACAUCACUACAGAGGAGACUGUGACUCUGAAUGUGACCUAUGUGAAGGAAGUUAAAAUCACUGGGGAUACAAGUGUGAAGGAGGGUGAGACUCUGAAUCUGACCUGUAGUGUUGAAAGUUUCCCUCCAUCUCUCAUCACCUGGACUAAACUCUGCAUGAACAGAACCCUGAACAAUGACACUGGAACAGCCACACUUGUCAUCUCUAAUAUGACAACGGAAUAUUCUGGACAGUACAUAUGCACAGCAAAACAUCAGGACAACCCCUUGACGAAAGAAGUAAACAUAACAGUGAUAUUUUCUCCAAGGAUCCUAAACAGCUCUGGAUGUGAGGUUCAGUCGGGGGUCCUGACCUGUGUGUGCAUCAGUGAGGGGUUUCCUUUAGCCACCAUCAAAUGGCCUCUGUUGGAGAACCAUACUGAGUACUCUGUUGUGACCAAUGUGUCACACCACACAGUGAACAGCAGCGUUACUGUAUCUGUCAAAGAUCACAACUACACCACUGUUGAGUGUGUCAGCAGCAGUGACAUCAGGGAAGAAAAAAAGAACCUUACGAUAAAAACAAUCGGUUAAAACAAGAGGAUCCACUCAUGACAUUUUUCAGAACUUUACAUAA